AUGAAAAUAUUCUUUGACGUCGACUAUACGAUCUUGGGACUGGACGACACACUUCGACCCGGAACCACCGAAACAUUCCAAAAAAUCCUCGACGACGGCCAUGAAAUCUACAUCUGGUCGGGCAUGGGCGAGCGCUGGGAAGUCAUCGAGAAACACGAGCUCGAACGAUUCGUGAGCGGAGUUUAUGAGAAACCCACGCACCAUUUCCACGAACGCCUGGUGGAGUUGAAAAUCCCGGUGGAACCCGAGUUUGUGAUCGACGACUACCCGGAGGUAGUGGCUGCAUUCGGAGGAGUAUGGGUGCCGCCAUACUUCUUCUCGCGCAGCAUCGACAAUGAAAUGGACCGGAUUUAUCGCAUCAUUUGCGAUUUCAUCGAAACCGGCGCGUCGGAAGACCGCCAAUACCGCGCCAAGGGAACCAAAUUACCCCUGUUCUAA